UUUUUUUUUUUCUUUUUUUUUUUUCUUUUUUAUCACUAGCACCAUUUCACAAUCCUUCACAUUAUUAUCCCCACUGAUUGAACAUGUACAAAUUGUAGCCUUGAACUUGAAUCCCAUUAACUAAAGAACUGACACAAAUUUUCCAGGUGAUAAUCCCACAUUAUGUGAAGUUAUUCUGCCUAUGUGUUUUGAUCAUGUUAUUAUGGCUUUUGAAAGAAAGACAGCAUAAUGUUAUUUCUUUUAAAAAAUAUAGCUUAGCUUUUGUUGUGUGUGUGUGUGUGUGUGUGUGUGUGUGUGUGUGUGUGUGUGUGUGUGUGUGUGUGUGUGUGUCCAUGCACAUCAUCAUGAUUGUGGCUGUGGGAAGUGUUGGGUGUAUUGUGCAAAGAAAGCUUUUCACACUGCUUAUGCCUGUCAAGUCCACACUGUCAUUCCUCAGUUAUCUCACCAUGAUAACUUUUGGAGUUUAGGAUAUUAGUGCAAAAUGAUCUCUGUGUGUUAACGAGUUUCUAAAGCUGUAGUUGCAUUCAUAAGGUGAAUGUGUAUAAGAAGUUUCUUUUUAAAAUGCUGUGUACAGAAUUGGUAGCAGGUUGAUCUUGGGUUACUAUGUAUUCAAAUAUGCAGUGUUAUGAAUCUGGAUUUGUUCAUUCUUUGGGAAUGAUAAGAAGCAGCUGUAUUGUAUAUGAUGAAGAGUAUGGUUCAAGCAAUGCAUAUAAAAAGCACAUACACAUGGUUAUGAAUGUUAUUGAGAGCCCCCUUAAUUUUUAAGUCUUCAAAUUAGAAAAUAUUCCAAAACAUUUGAAUAGUUGAACAAAUUUUCAGUUCUAUUACUUUACUGCUCAUGUAUCCGAAGAAAUAGGUAAUAUUUACUGAAUUGAGCAGUUGCUGUAAGACUUGUCAUCACCUUUAACUAUGGUAAGGAUUUAUCUCCUUUAUAUUAAUUUCUGUGUAGUGUCCUCUUUAUGUUACUUUAAUUUUUGUACUCUGUUUCAUUCUCCAUCACCAUGCACACCUACCAUUCUCUCUCUCUCUCUCUCUCUCUCUCUCUCUCUCUCUCUCUCUCUCUCUCUCUCUCUCUCUCUCUCUCUCUCUCUCUCUCUCUCUCUCUCUCUCUCUCUCGUUUUUAAGUUCUAGGUCUCAAUUGUUACAUUAUAAAGUAGAUAUCCCCUUAUCAGUCAAAGCACAAUCUCAUCACAACUCAGCUUCCUUAACUUAUCUUGAUUAUCUUAUACCUGACCCCUGAAACUCCCUCUAGCAUCAUCUUUGAAAGGCAGCACAGUCAUUUCACUCCAUAAAGCCACAGCACUUACACACUUCUUCUAGCUCACAUUUACACUAUCUGUUGUGCCAUAGGUGCCAAGAUGGUGGUGGUUGAAGUGCAGCCUGAGUACGGCUAUUGUGUGUUGGUGGCUGUGGGAUCCUCCUUCAUGUUGGUCUGGAAAGCCAUGAAGGUUGGCCACCUGCGAAAAAAACUCAACAUCAACUACCCAACAAUGUACAGUACUGAUAAUAAUCUCUUCAACUGCUACCAGAGGGCACACCAAAACACCCUUGAGAACUACCCCACCUUCCUGAUGCUGUUGCUUCUGGGGGGACUGCAGCAUCCAGUGUUGAGUGCUGCUGGCGGUGUUGUGUGGUGUCUCGGCCGCAUCGCAUAUGCUACUGGAUACUACACCGGAGAUCCUCGCAAGCGCACAAGAGGAAUGUUUGGUUACCUGGGUCUGAUAGCAAUGCUGUACAGCACUGGACGCCUUGGCACUCGCCUCCUUGGCUGGUAUUAGGGUGCUUGCAACACUCAUCUAAAGAUUUUGUGCUCUUUGUUAAAUUUUGGAAGUAAAAUUGCAUUACCUGCUGUUGUAUAGACAGCAAAAUAUUAUUGAAUUGUAUUUUGUGGCUGUCUAUAAAAAGCUUGCAGCUAUGUGGUACUCAUAAUCAAUUAAUCUCUAAAUGUUAUUAAUAAUGUAGUUGUAUAUUAUGCAUUUUUUACAUAGAAACUUGUGUGAAGUAUUCUAUAUGUGUGAAAUAUUCCAAGAUACUUUACAGUCCAGUAGUAAGAUACCAUAGUGACAUAAUUCUUGUAAGAUAAUGUAAACCACAAAUAAAGCUAUAAGUGACAUA